UCCAGGAAAGCUCCCAACCAGAGCCGGGCCCAUGGGUGAGAGCACUUAAAAGAGGGCAUGGUAUAAAAAGAGUUGAGGUGCACGAUAUCGGAGAGAGCGAGAGAGAAGAAGAGACAGCUUUCACAAAACCAGGAAAACCAACUUUUGUAUACAGAACCGACAUCAGCGGCCUGGAUUUUCCUCCUGCCAUCUGAGAAGUCACCAUGGCACUACUGAUAAAUCAGUGGAUAUAUUUGGUUGCUCUAUCACUGACAGUGACCACGAGCCACGCUUUGAGAAGAAUUGCCCUGAAAAAGAUGCCAUCUAUCAGAGAGACUCUGCAGGAGCUGGGGGUUUCUGUUGAGCAGGUGAUGACUGAGCUGGCCCAGAAGAGCAUAGCUGACACCAACAACGGAACUGUUCCCACGCCACUAACCAACUAUUUGGAUACGCAGUACUUUGGAGAAAUCAGUAUUGGCUCUCCGGCCCAGAUGUUCAAUGUGGUGUUUGACACGGGCUCAGCCAACCUGUGGGUGCCCUCGCAAAGCUGCUCACCAUUCUCCACUGCAUGUUUUACUCACAACAGGUAUGAUGCUUCAAAAUCCCGGACUUACAUUGAGAAUGGAACAGGAUUUUCCAUCAAGUAUGCCUCUGGAAAUGUCAGGGGAUUCCUGAGUGAGGAUGUGGUUGUGGUUGGUGGUAUCCCAGUAGUGCAAGUGUUUGCUGAAGCCACGGCUCUGUCUGCCAUGCCCUUCAUCUUUGCCAAGUUUGAUGGAGUGCUGGGGAUGGGAUACCCCAACGUGGCCAUUGAUGGCAUAACCCCGGUGUUCGAUCGUAUCAUGUCUCAACACGUCCUCAAAGAAGAAGUUUUCUCCAUCUACUACAGCAGGUGGGUGGACCCAAAACGUUCCCCAGGUGGAGAGCUUGUCCUCGGUGGAACGGAUCCAAACUACUACACUGGAAGUUUUAAUUAUAUUAACACCAGACAGACAGGCAAAUGGGAACUUACCAUGAAAGGUGUUUCUGUGGGGAGGGAGAUGAUGUUUUGCGCAGAGGGCUGCACAGCUGUGAUCGACACAGGCUCCUCCUACAUCACAGGCCCGGCCUCCUCUGUGUCCGUGCUGAUGAAAACCAUCGGAGCACAGCUGGAUGAAAGUGGAUACAAAGUCAACUGUGAUACUGUGAAGACGUUACCCAGUGUCACGUUCCACCUCGGUGGCCAGGAAUACUCGCUCACACAGGAGGAUUAUAUAUUAUGGCAAUCACAGAUCGAAGGGGAAGUCUGCACCGUUACCUUCAGGGGCUUGGAUGUGCCGCCCCCUACAGGUCCCAUAUGGAUUUUGGGAGCCAACUUCAUUGCACGCUACUACACAGAGUUUGAUCGUCGCAAUAAUCGGAUAGGGUUUGCCACAGCAGUCUAACAGGAAUUUAAAUAUUCACCACAUUGUUCUGUUGUCUUGUUGUUUUCGCUGCUAUCUCCCGAUGUUUUUAAUUUUAGUCCGGGUCUUCCCCUGCUUGGUUUUUACAUGAACACAUGAUCUGAAUAAGUCAUAUUAUAGAAAUUAUAAGGGAUGCAUAUUAAGGAAUGUCAUCCUCACAUUUCUUGCAUGCAUGCAUUCCUAUUCUAUAUUUGGGAACCAGCUGCACUAAACCCCUUCUGAAUAUGCAUUCACCAACAAAUACAAUGUUUCUUUCUGUGUGACUCGCUUAUUAUAUUUGUCAUACAGCCACAACUGAAUUAUAUAUCUAUAUUGUUCUGACGAAACAAUAAAAUUGAAGAUUCAACUUGA